AUGGGGAACCAGAGGCCGCAGGACCUGCUGAGGUCCCCAGGCAUGGACUCGAAGCCCCGGUACUGUAACCAACCGCCUUCCAAAUACUUCAAGAAGUGCAAGCACAGGCACCUGAGGUUCCCAUCCAUGGACACCCAGAACUGGGUAUUUGCGAAGGAGGGCCUGAACGACUUCCGCUACAGCUGUCUGUCUCCCGAAGACACGCUUGUUUGUCGCCAUGAUGAGUUUUUACUCCCCAAAAUGUCUCUCAGAGGUCCCAAAGCGGACCCCAAAAGCAGGCAGAAAAAGCUGCUCAAGAAUGCGGCCCUAUUUUCCAAGCUCUCUCCAGCACAGCUAGCACGGAAGGCGUUCAUCAAGCAAGCGGAAGCCCAGCUCAUGGCCAAGCAUCCCUUGGCCAUGUAUCCUGAUCUGGGAGAAGAUCUGCCUCCAGAUUUCCUACUACAGAUGCUGCAACAGCUGGAUACUGAGAGGAAGCUUGAAGACGCUUGUGCUCAUUGUGAGGCCCGGGACAAGAAAACUGAGGUACCUGCUGAUCCUGCUCAAUAUCCCCAUGGGGAGUUCUUCCCACAGCCUUUCGAGACUGGUGUGUCCCAUCUCCACCCAGUGCCUCCCACAACUCCAGUGUCCAGUCUCUGCCCAGAGCCUCUGGAGACAGGAGUGUCCCAUCGGCACCUGGAGCCUCCCAAGACUCCUCAGAGGUCCAGUCUCCACCUGGAGCCUUCUGAGACUGGAGUGACUCAUCUGCGCCUGGAGUCUCCCAAGACUUCUUGGGGGUCCAAUCUCCACCUGCAGCCUCCCAAGACUCGUCCGGGGUCCAGUCUCCACCUAGCACCUCCCACAACUCUGGUGUCCAGUCUCCGCCCGGAGCCUCCCAAGACUCAUCUGGGGUCCAGUCUCUGCCUAGCGCCUCCGAAGAUUCUGGUGUCCAGUCUCCACCUGGAGCCUCCCAAGUCUCAUUGGGCAUCUUGUCUCUACUCUGAGCCUUCUGAGACUGGCAUGUCCCAUCUCCACCUGGAGCCUCCCAAGACUCCGGUGUCCAGUCUCCAUCUGGAGCCUUCGGAGACUGGACUGUCCCAUCUCUGCCUGCAACCUCCCGACCCUAGUCGGGUGUCUAAUCUCCUACUAGACAUGCUGAAAUUGCUGGAUCCUGGGAGGACACUGAAGGACAUAUGGGAUGAUUGUGAGGCCUGGGUGAAGAAAACUGAGGAACGCACCGAGCCUGAUCAAUGCCUUUAUGGGGAACCCUGCCUGCAGCCUCCCAAAACUCCGGUGUCCCAUCCCCACCCGGAGCCUCCCAAGACUCGUCCGGUGUCCAGUCUCUGCCUGGAGCCUUCCAAGACUCCAGUGUCCAGUCUCCACCUGGAGCCUCCCAAGACUCAUCACGUGUCCAGUCUGCCGGAGCCUCCCAAGGCUCGUUGAGUGUCCAGUCUCCACCUGGAGUCUCCCAAAUCUGCAGAGUCCCAUCAAUUCUCAGAGCCUCCCAAGAUUGGAGCAUCCUACAUGAAAGAACUGCUUCAGGAAGAUACAUCAAGCACAAAAGAGUGCGUUUCUGACCCUCUUCAAUAUAGAUACACAUUGGAAAAUCUCCAUGAAUUCUUCAAGUGGGCUGCAGACCUGGGAGUUGAGGAAGAAACAAUCUGGAAUCUGUUUGAAUUUACCACCGAGUACAGAGCAAUCUAUGAGGACCGAAAGUUUAAGAAGGUAAAGGAGUGUUCCUCAGAGGUGAAGCACACCAUGGAGCUAGAUGAAAAGGAUGAAGACAAAUUCUUCUCACAGGAAAAAUACUGGGACAGGAAAUUCCACAGGCCAUCGAAUGCUUAUACUGCUCAGCCUGUGAAGAUGAGGUAUGGAGCACGGUACCUCAAGUCAAAGUUGUGGAAAAAGCUAAGAAGUGAUGAACUGACCGACCCCAAGCUCUUACUUAAAAAGCCUGAUGAACCUGAUGUUCUUGACGAUCUUUAUGGACCAAUUGCCUUUAAGGAUUUCAUUCUAAGCAAGGGCUAUGAAAUGCCUGGAAUCCUGGAAAGGCUGUUUGCCAGGAAGGGAUGGACUUAUGACUCUGUUAAGACUCCUAUUCAACUUGCAAUGAUACUUUACAAGUACAAAGAAAUCAUAGAGUCAUCGGAAGAAGAUUAG